UGGCUCCGCCCAGUGAUGACAUCACCAAAGGUCCUGUAGACUUACAUCUUUUGCCCUGUCCUUGUGUCCUGAAGCCAAGGCAGAGCGUACCUCAUAGGUGCAGCUGACGUCACCUUGAUGCCGUCAUGUCCAUCCUCAAGAGAAGCAGAGGUCUCCUACAAGCAAUCCGUCCAGCUAGUACAUCUGCCAGCAUCCAGACCUCAGAGGUGGUUGACGUAGACACAAACGAGAAUGAGAUUGUAAACCCAGAUUUCACCAACAGAAAUCCUCGAAACCUAGAGCGUCUUGCACUGGCUGUUAAGGAUCGGGGAUGGGGCACAGUGUGGCCAACACGUCAGUACUGGCAUAGGGUACGGCUAGAGCGCAGCGGCCAUCAUGUGACUGCAACUGUGGAACAUUGUAGCGGUAAUAUCGUACUCUCUGCCUCCACCCAGGAAUGGGCUGUGAAGAAACAUCUCUACAGUACAAAAGAUGCCAUGGCAUGUGAGAAUGUUGGAAGAAUUAUGGCUCAGCGCUGCUUAGAGGCUGGAAUACACUUCACACUUUUUCGAGAGAUCCCAUGGGUGUUCCGUAGUGAGUCGGUGCAGAGGUUUCGAAAUGCAAUGAUUGAAGGUGGAGUUGUGUUAAAUGAACCAAAACGCAUUUAUAAAUAAGACAUAAGUGCAAUUGCUGUCAAGACAAAGACUAGAAGGACCGUUGCAGCAUAACUGUAUGGAGCAGGCAUAGAUUUGUUGGAAACGCCUUAAUACGAAGCCACAUUUUCUCAAAAACUUUGUUGAGUUCAUUGCCUCAAGCUGUCAGUUCAGGUUAAACUUGUUCAUGUUAUGAAAUUGUCCUUUUCCUACUUUUGCGAGUACAAUAUUGCAUCUGUCAUUAUUAGUAUUUUAGUCAAUAUCCUGGCGAGGUUUUUUCAGUGAAAUACUCCUAUUAAAAAAUAAUUAAUUUCUAUAA